CUAGAGAUCGAGAGAGUCUGGAACGAUAAUUACAAUCUUGACAAAGAUGGCGUCUCACGUGGUAUCACGGAUCACAGAGGUCGAUAACAAGCCUCCAGCGCCAGAAAACCCGAUAGAUCGUGAAAAGACGUGCCCACUGCUAUUGAGGGUGUUCUGUAGUAACAAUCGCCAUCACCAGGAACAUGAGUUUUCUAGGGGCACAGUCCCAGCCAACGAACUGCAGAUCUACACAUGGAUGGAUGCUACAUUAAAAGAGUUAUCCAGCCUCGUGAAGGAGGUCAACCCGGACGCUCGGCGGCGAGGCACAUACUUCGACUUUGCCAUCGUCCACCCUCAUCCCAGACGCAAUCAGGCCUACCAGAUGAGGGAGAUCGGGAUGACCUGCUCCGGGCGCAAGGGACCGGACGAUUCCGUCACCCUGGGAUCUCAGAGUUUCACCAUUGGUGAUUAUAUCGAUAUCGCCAUCACCUUGCCCCCGAGGGGUGGGCUCGGAGGAGGGGAAGGGGGAGGGAUGGGAGGAGGAGGAGGAAGGAUGGGAGGCGGAGGAGGGAUGGGAGGAGGCGGGAUGGGGAUGGGGAUGGGGAGGAGAGGGGGUUGGGGGCGGUGA